GCAAGGCAUCGAUACAUGGUUUCCAGAAGCUAAAGAAGUUCAAGUUUCCUCUGAAACUUGUCAUGUGCAACAUCAAUGCCGCGGGUGUUACAGGGAACAUUGCUACCUCGUUGCAGCGCUUCUUCAACGGCUCACUGGACCCGUUCGUACGCGACUUGAUACCCACUUCAGUCACGCAUCUGGUGUUAGAGUCCGAGGGAAUGGGUCCUUAUGACAAAGCUCUUGAUGCCUUGUUCCGACACUUUCGUGCGGUACGCAGAUCCCAGCUGCCUAAUCUCCAAGAGGUACAUAUAGCCUGUAAACAGGCGGCGGAUAACGCCUACAAGCAACAGUGCAACAAGAUCGUUGCGGAGGGUGAUAGAGAAGGCGUGGUUGUGCGUUUGCAACCGUUCGGGUUUUCGAGUGUCAACUGGGAUGGGUAACCCGAUAUGGCUGCUGCGAACCAGGCAUUGGAGAUAGAAAAGUCCGAUCUGAAGCGUCGCCUUGAUAUUGCCGAAGCAACAGAAAUUGCCAGCAAGGGUAGAGUAGCUCAGCUACAAAAGCAGCUGUUGGAUGCUUGGCAAGAGAUUUCUCGCCUAGAGAAAAAGGAGGCCAAAUUUCGCGAUCUCAUGAUCAGCAGUGCAGGUACGCAGCAAGUGACAGAUCAAGAAAUCAUUCAAGGCUUCUCCGGAUAUGUGGCUUAUCUAGGUAUUCAAUUCUUCUAAGCUUCUCAUUCGGGCGUGGGAUUUGUGACGAUACUGCAAUGAGAAAGGCAGUUGUUAUCCGGGCACACUUGUGUGAGCAUUCUCGCAGACCAAGACACUUGUAUUUCAUUCCAUGACUAUUAAGCAAAGCGCAAUGACACCAUGAUACUUCUUGCUUCUGUUUCUCUAAGCGAAUCAAUGCUAGUGCCUUGCU